UUUCAAUUGGCGCUCAAAUAAAGUGUGUUUACUACAAUAUGACUGCCAAUCGGCGAGCGUUCAAUAUAUUCAACAAUGAAAUGCCGUUUGUAUUGCCGCAGCCGUUUCCCGAACCGCCGCGUGUGGUCAACCCCAGACCAAUGGUACCCGAUUUGUCCAUUACUAGCGAUGGGUUGCCAUCGGCUACGGGCGGUGCAGGCGGUGGCCACGGGUUUACAAACACUUCACCAAUAGUUGGUCAUCAUCAUCAGCAGCAUGACUGGCGUACAAUGUAUCCGAUGCCACCCGUAACGGCACGAUCGCCACCAUCACCGAACUUGUUGGCCACACUAACAAAUCGUGCGUUCAAUCAGUUGACACCAGUGACCACUGCCGCCGCCACCACCACAGCGUUCAACGGCAACAACAACAACAUGUUCGCCGACAGCCGGUUCGCUACCGAUCGGCCACAAGUGAUGAACACAAAUGGAUACGUGAAUAGUGGUGGCGACCGACGACCUCCCGCUGUACUAACCGAUCACAAUGUCGACAACUCGGCUGUCAAUUGUAAUCCGAAAAAUGUCUUUACAAAUGGACAACUCCUUAUGCCUACCGCUGCUGCUGUUGCUGCCGAUAAUGGCCGCCGAAAACCCCUUGAAUCUCAUAAUAUGUAUAAACCGAAGAUAGUUAAGCACAACAACGUCAACAAACCAAUGGUCACCGGCAUCGGUGUCAACGCACAGAAUCGGCAACGAGUGACACAUCAGUUAAACAAUAAUACUAAUCAUAAUACCUGUGCUUCACAUGCCGUGAGUCCUACUCAGCAACAGUUUGCGGCCAACAACUCCUCAUCGCCGACCAACGACCAGAUGAUCGAAAUGAUUAGACAACAGGACCAACAAUUGCACCGAAUUAGCCAACAAAUCAAAGAACUGCUGACAUUGCAUAAGAUUGACGACCGAAAAGCGGAAAACAUUGAGAAACGAUCGGUUCAGACGAUGACAUCGAUUGCUUUCGACGAUAAUAAUAAUCUUAAUUAUAAUCAAAACCGAACUCCACUGACACAUAAGCCAAGAACUAAUAGGACGAAGACAACAACGACGUCGACCAGAGAUAUGGCUACCAAUCCGACAAAGACUACGCCAUCGCCGACAACGACAACAACAACGCCGUCGACAGCGUCUAAAGAUCUUCGUGGGCUUCGUUUGAAUACCAUUAGCGAGUGUCCAACCGAACCGUCCGACAUUGAACUCGACAGCAAUCGACUUAACUAUAGUGACAAUAGUCCCGUUGGACGACAAUAUCAUCGACAACAACAACAACAACGUUCUGACAGCAGUUCUAGUAUCGAAAGGAUACGCAAAACAACUGGUGAUAAUAACACAAGCGGUUCUUCAUUUGAUAAUAGAUUCUACGACCGGAUGAUCGAUGACAUACAUGUGAUGCUUAACAACAGCUACGAUACCGAAGAGGACGAUAGCGGACGACGAAGUAGUUGUAGUCCAUCGCCGCCACAAUUGGCAUCGUCGAGACGGACACACCAUCACCAGCAACCGCUACGACAAGAGCACCAUCGAUACGAAGUACAAUCAGAACAAACACUUUAUAUUAAACGAUUGGCCGCCAAAUAUAUGGUCAACGAGUCGCCCGAUUACCGACACAACAACAACAAACCUAAGCGUAAGACAAAGCCUACUACUAAAGACUACUACGACGACAACCAUCAUCAUCAGCAACAACAACGACAUGAUAUUCAUACGUACGGAUUGACCAGAAAUGCGUCGAUUGCUACGAAAAAUUAUUUAGAAAAAUACGGUUUAGUAUAUUCACCGCCAAAAGUUCAACCACUGCCACAACAACAUCAUCAUCGGCCACAACAACAGCUGUUUGUUGAUAAACCUAAUCAUCAUAAGACCAACAGUAGUAGACAUACUAAUAAUCACCAUAAGCUGAUCAAUCGUAACAAGAUUUUGGACAUUGAAGCACUUAGAUGUCAGCCAAAGCUUACGUAGCAUUAGUGGUGUGUGAAUAGCGAUAAAAUUUUUUUG